UCCACGAGAACAAAACGACCUCGCACCCUCUCACCCGAGAAAUCCGGCGUAACUACAUGGCAAAAUGAGCACCCAAAACCUCCUCCGCCAAGCCCUCUUGGGCUUCUUCCUCCUCUCCCUCCCCCUCCUCUCCCUCUCCCAGUCCCCUCCCCCCCUCCCCCAAAUCAACCCAAGGCUGGAGAAGGCCUACGUCGCCCUCCAAGCCUUGAAGCACUCCAUUACCUCCGACCCCAAGAACUUCACCCUCAACUGGUGCGGCCCGCAUGUGUGCAACUACACCGGCGUCUACUGCGCGCCGGCCCCCGACGAUCCCCACGUGCUGACCGUCGCCGGCGUCGACCUCAACCAUGCCAGGAUCGCCGGCACCCUCCCGGAGGACCUCGGCCUCCUCACAGACCUCGCGCUCUUCCACAUCAACUCGAACCGCUUCGAGGGAACCCUCCCCACCUCCUUCAACCAGCUCGAGCGCCUCUACGAGCUCGACGUCAGCAACAACCUCCUCGAGGGCCCCUUCCCCUCCGUCGUCCUCCACCUCCCUUCCCUCAAGUUCCUCGACAUCCGGUACAACAAAUUCCACGGCGACGUCCCCUCGGAUGUCUUCGACCUCACGCUCGACGCCUUCUUCAUCAACAGCAACCAGUUCCGCUUCUCUUUGCCGGAAAACAUCGGGAACUCCCCCGUCUCCGUCCUCGUCGCGGCCGACAACCAGCUCAACGGCUGUUUACCCAAGAGCCUAGGCAACAUGGCCAAAACACUAAAUCAAAUCAUUCUCAUUAACAGCAGCAUCAGCUCCUGCAUACCGCCGGAGAUCGGGAAGCUCGAGAACCUGACGGUUUUCGACGUGAGCUUCAACAAUCUCGUGGGACCAUUGCCGGAGAGCAUCGGAAACAUGAAAAAACUGGAGCAGCUGGACGUAGCCCAUAACAAGCUCUCCGGGUUCAUUCCGGAGAGCAUCUGCGAGCUGCCAAGGCUGAAGAACUUCACAUACUCUUAUAACUACUUCUGCGGCGCGCCGGAGCAGUGUUUGAGGAUUAAGAGGACGGACGACAAGAAGAACUGCAUACCAGAUUGGCCGAAGCAGAGGUCGGAGGAGGAGUGCCAUGCAUUCCUAUCCAAGCCUGUGUAUUGUGAUUCCAAUGGCUGCAUAGCGCCGCCGCCGCCGCCACCACCACCUCCUCCUCCUCCACCGCCGCAUUAUCAUUAUUAAGAUGAACUGUUUGUUUGUUGGUAAAUAUAUGCUUAACGUUUCGUUUCAAGAUGUACUUAAUUGGAAAACUCAUGAUGACAGACUUUACUGUUUGAUCAAAUAAGGAGGAGAUCGAUUGUUUUAAGUCCUCUGAUAUAUAAAUCUUUCUGUGUCUUCCUUUUC